CCGUCUCUCACUCGCUCUUUUCCUUUCUCUACAUCACUACUCGUUCCUCCUUUUUCUUCCUCACUCACUCACUCACUCUCUCUCUCACUAUCUUUCACGUACAGAUACACACACACACACACACACACUACCUCUCGCUCACACUACUCUCCGUCUCGUUCUCUCUCGUCGUCACGCGUUGUAUUAUCACGUCGCGGCGCCUCUCCGUCAGAUCAACAGAUUAAAACCGAUUACGCGUUUCGAGAAAAUAUUUUUUUUCAAAAAUAUGGAUGAAAAUAGUGGAGCGAAAUACUCAUAUAGCAUAGUACCGAUCACUGCCAAUGAUAAACAAACUGUGGCUAAUUUUUUAAAAAAAUUCUUUUUCCGUGACGAGCCUUUAAAUGUAGCUAUACAAUUGUUAGAAGAAAUUGAUUCAGCGACAAAACUUGAAAAAUAUUGCAUUGGCUAUUUAAAAUAUGGUAUGACAUUUAUGGCAGUAUCACAAGCUGGUGACAUUAUGGGUGUAAUUCUGAAUAAUAUAAUGCACAGAAACGAAGAAGAGGAAGAAGAGGAAGACGAUGAAGAUGAUAAUUGUAAUGAUAAUUUAAAGUUCAAGGAAAUUGUUGUUUUGCUGGACAAAAUUAAAAAGGAGGCAGAUGUGUUUGAACAAUAUCCUAAUGUAAAUCGUAUAUUGGAGAUAAAAAUUGUCACAGUGAACGAAGCAUAUAGAGGCCAAGGAGUAUGCAAAGCUCUCGUCGAUAAAACUAAGGACUAUGCUUUGAAAAUGGGAUGUCAAAUGAUUUAUGUAGAGUGUACCAGCCAUUUUUCUGCCAAAGCAGUCGAAAGACUUGGAUUCCAAUGCAUUUAUUCGUUGGCUUAUACUGAUUAUGUGAACGAACAAGGUGAAAUGGUAUUUAAAACACAAUCUCCACACAGAUAUGCCAAAGUAUAUGUGUUACCUUUGUAAUAAUAUUAUUUAACUUGGACGAGAACACCCAAUAUUCAUCUAUAAAAAUAACGAAAAUAAUAAUUAUUAAGUAAUUACGAAUACGUUUUUUUAUAUAUAACUGUAGAAUAUUUAUGACGUACUUGCCAAUCGAACUUCUGUUUACUGCAAAUCAGAAAUAUUUAAUUACAA